AUGUCCCUGGAGGAUCCUUUCUCUGUGGUCAGAAGGUGAGUAGGUUUGUAUGUUUUGCUGUCUGGUGAUCCUGGGAGUUGUAGUGGGGUCUCUGUUGAUUGAUACAGACACCUCUUCUUUGUCUGACUACGAAAGGCUACUUUAUAUUUUUUUCAAGAACAGAUCAGCAGUUUGUAAAAUGUGUAAUAACAGCCUUCACCUUACCUGCAAAGAAUCAUGAAGAACUGACAAAAUCAUUUAAAAAAAUUAGAUGAAAAUAGCUUGAAAAAAACAUCUUCCAGUUUGGCUAAUGUUGUGUAAAAUCUGUGUUCCCUCUUCUAUUUGCAAAAAGCAUAACUGUGAUACAUUUAUUAAUUUUACUUUUUCUAAUUUAUUUUCAAAGUAUUGCAGAAACAGUUGAGGUGAGCUUUUAUAUAAUUUACGAUAUCCUACGGAUAAUUCACUUAGUUGUGAGUGACUGGGAAUUGAAGAGGGUACGCACAUUUACCAUAUUAGCCAAAUUUGGAAGAGUUGCGAGUCUAAAAAUUUUAAUAACAUUUUCUGAAAUAUUUGAUUUCUAGUCUUAAAGGUUUACUGCAACCCUUUUCUGACAGUUUUAUUUUUUAAUGAUUAAUUCCUUAUUUUUGCACAGAACUGACAUUUGGUUUCCAGGCUGCCAAAGUCUUGUGUGUCAAUAUUUUAAUUAGCCCCAGCACACAGUGCAAAUACCUAAUAUAUGUGCAAUAUUUCAAGCAUAAAUCCUUUAAUAGAUGGGAAAAAAGACUAAUUAAAGGGACACUAUAGUCACAAGAACCACUACAGCUUAAUGUUUUAGUUCUGGUGUCUAUAGACUGUUACUGCUCACUUAGCACUGUGAACACUGACAUUUCAGAGAGAAAGCAGUGUUUACAUUGCUGCCUAGUAACAACUUUUGUGGCGGUCUCUCAGACGGCCACUAGAGGUGCUUCCUAUCUCAGUGCUGCACAGUGUGCAGUACUGGUGUUCAGCGCCUCUAUGCAGAAUGCAGAAAUUCUAAACCUUCCUCAUAGAAAUUUAUUGAUUGAAUGCAUUUCUAUGAGGAGAUGCUAAUCAAGAUUGAUGAUCUCAGCCAUGGAGGCUGGGCCAGCAUGACUUUGGAGAAAAGAUACGUAUACUAUCUUUAAUCUUCACAGAUAGGGGGCCAGGGGCCUAAUGAUGUAUUCCGCAAGUAUAGUGUCAGAAAAACAUGUUUGUUUUCCUGACACUAUAGUGUCCCUUUAAAUAUUUUGGCGUAAUUGUUAAAUCUUAAGUGCACCUUUCAAGACUUAUUUUUUUCAUUUUUUUUAUGCACUGUCUAUUUUCCACCACCGCAGUGAGGUGCAGAAAGCACUGAACACCAGUCGGGGUCUGUACCAGCGCUGGUGCGAGCUACUUCAGGAGAGUCAUGUGACCAGUGUGGAGGAGUUUGAUUGGACAACCAAUGAACUUAGGAAUUCACUGAGGAGCAUUGAAUGGGAUCUUGAGGACCUGGAAGAAACAAUCAGUAUCCUUGAAGGGACACUCCAGGCUGCCACACGUUAGGUGCACUGUGUAGGUUAGGUUACAGUUAGUUAUACUGGGUGGGUUUAUAUUAUUAAAGGGACACUCCAGGCUCCCACACACGUUAGGUGCACUGUGUAGGUUAGGUUACAGUUAGUUAUACUGGGUGGGUUUAUAUUAUUCAAGGGGCACUCCAGGCUCCCACACACGUUAGGUGCACUGUGUACGUUAGGUUACAGUUAGUUAUACUGGGUGGGUUUAUAUUAUUAAAGGGGCACGCCAGGCUCCUAACACACGUUAGGUACACUGUGUAGGUUAGGUUACAGUUAUACUGGGUGGGUUUAUAUUAUUAAAGGGACACUCCAGGCUCCCACACACGUUAGGGGCACUGUGUAGGUUAGGUUACAGUUAGUUAUACUGGGUGGGUUUAUAUUAUUAAAGGGACACUCCAGGCUCCUAACACACGUUAGGUGCACUGUGUAGGUUAGGUUACAGUUAGUUAUACUGGGUGGGUUUAUAUUAUUAAAGAGACACUCCAGGCUCCCACACACGUUAGGUGCACUGUGUAGGUUAGGUUACAGUUAGUUAUACUGGGUGGGUUUAUAUUAUUAAAGGGACACUCCAGGCUCCCACACACGUUAGAUGCACUGUGUAGGUUAGGUUACAGUUAGUUAUACUGGGUGGGUUUAUAUUAUUAAAGGGACACUCCAGGCUCCAACACACGUUAGAUGCACUGUGUAGGUUAGGUUACAGUUAGUUACACUGGGUGGGUUUAUAUUAUUAAAGGGACACUCCAGGCUCCCACACACGCUAGGUGCACUGUGUAGGUUAGGUUACAGUUAGUUAUACUGCGUGGGUUUAUAUUAUUAAAGGGACACUCCAGGCUCCCACACACGGUAGAUGCACUGUGUAGGUUAGGUUACAGUUAGUUAUACCGGGCUGUUAGGUUGUGUAGGUAUUACAGUUAAAUAUUAUUAAAGGGACACUCCAGGCUCCCACACACGUUAGAUGCACUGUGUAGGUUAGGUUACAGUUAGUUAUACUGGGUGGGUUUAUAUUAUUAAAGGGACACUCCAGGCUCCCACACACGUUAGGUGCACUGUGUAGGUUAGGUUACAGUUAGUUAUACUGGGUGGGUUUAUAUUAUUAAAGGGACACUCCAGGCUCCCACACACGUUAGGUGCACUGUGUAGGUUAGGUUACAGUUAGUUAUACUGGGUGGGUUUAUAUUAUUAAAGGGACACUCCAGGCUCCCACACACGUUAGAUGCACUGUGUAGGUUAGGUUACAGUUAGUUAUACUGGGUGGGUUUAUAUUAUUAAAGGACACUCCAGGCUCCCACACACGUUAGGUGCACUGUGUAGGUUAGGUUACAGUUAGUUAUACUGGGUGGGUUUAUAUUAUUAAAGGGACACUCCAGGCUCCCACACACGUUAGAUGCACUGUGUAGGUUAGGUUACAGUUAGUUAUACUGGGUGGGUUUAUAUUAUUAAAGGGACACUCCAGGCUCCCACACACGUUAGGUGCACUGUGUAGGUUAGGUUACAGUUAAUAUACUGGGUGGGUUUGUUUUGUUAAAUGCUUUAUGUUUUUGUUUGGUUGUUUUGUCACAAGCCCACCCUUUCCUCACCUCUCUGAACCUGCACUGUUUCCCUUUUUGCUUAAAAAAUAGUAAUGGUACUGGAGAGAAGGACCGUGGGUUUGGGUGUAUAGGUUUAUCUAAGGCUUGGAAUAGCCAUGAAGCCACUUGUAUCUAGUGUGGUUGUAGGCAUGGGCAUUCCCACCAUUAAUGACAAUAUACCCUCGUCUUGCCGUAUCCCCUCCAACACCUGUUUGAUUUGCGUACAGGCGUAAGGUACCAUUGGAAUAGAGUUUUAUAUUCCUGUUCUUUAUGGGAGACACAUAGAGAGAGCUUGGCAUUAGCCUCCCGGAUGUGCUGCCAGUGCUCGUUGAGAGAGUUCCUCCCCUAUAGUUUCAUGCCACCUCGCCAUGUAUGGGAAAGGCACUUUUCCAAGAGAGCCGAGCAGCUCCUGGUAUAUAAGGGAGAUGGAUCUUUGCUUUUUAAGGUCGGUAUCCAUACAAGGCAUACAAAAGAAUGGCACUUCUUAUUGUGUAGUCUGUUUACUAAACUGGGAGUUAGAGAACUGAGAAGGGAAUAGACAAAGUAGCUGAUCAAGGAGAAUAGCUGAGUUGGAGUUUUUGCAGUUUUGUUGCACUUCACAUUGUCAGUUCUCACCUAGUCUGGUUGUCAUGGAUAAACCCGGGCAAUCACCCUUACACUGUACCUUACAACAUGAAGCAUUAUGCUCUCUUUAUAUCACUUUUCUGCUGUUCCGUAUUGUCUUUUACUCGUAUCUUGGGCAUUGUGGAAUCGAACCCAAGGAAGUUUAAAAUAUCUGGGACAGAACUGAGUGAAAGAAGGAGCUUUGUGGAUCAGACACGGAGCUCAGUAAAGGUACGUUAUUUGUUGUUUUUUUUAAAUCCUAUUAUCCUGCGCCAAUCCUACUGAUGUUUUCAUCUCUGUGCAUCGAUACGCAUGCCUCAUGGUUCUCCUGCCCCAUUUAUCAUUAUUCUCUCUGGUUGUUUAGGAAAUGAGAGAUCAUAUAUCGAGCCCCAGAGUUGUGGCUUUCACCGAACGGAAGACUAGAGAGGUAAUAUAAUUCUUAUUUAACUCUCGUGCCCCCUGCUGGCCUGUCCUGUGUCCUUUCCUACCACUACACUUUCUCUCUCCUAUCACAGGCUUUGGGAGUUACCGCUAAGCAACCUUCUGACCGCUUUACUCGUAUGGACGAUGAAAUGGUCGCUGGGAACUCUCGUUACGUUGAAGAUCAGCAGGCUCAGCAACAGGUUGGUAACUUUUGUAACACGAUGCAGAAUGGAGGUUUAGCUGAUUUUUACUGUCCACGGAUAUGAACUGUUUAAGCUCCACGAAAUGUCUUGAUUCUAACUAAUCGGGAUAUUUUGUGUGUCGAUUGAGCUGGCCAUCCACAAACUGCACAGAUUACAAGUUCACCUUUAGAUUGGUAGUAGAUUCAGUAAAUAUAAAUAUCAGUUCACAUAAACAGGUGAAGGUCAGUAUAAGGUCUUUUUGGCAUUUUGAUAUAUUGAUGUGCAAGCGAUGACUUGCUGAACAUCUUACUCUGUAGGACAAGGUCUAAGAGCAGAAUUUGGUUUUAAAGGAGCACAAUGCAUAGAAAAAAAGUCACCUGUCCUGGUAUCAACCUCCAAUCUUGGAAUUCCCAAGUUUGGCACUUUUUGGAAUACAUUUCCUAGAAUUCUGGCAGAGAAUUCCUAUCAGCUGGCAGAGUAUUAUGGGAAAUGUAGUCCAACAAAUAAGUUACCAUUGUCGGAUACCCCUGCUACAAAACACUCACAAAUAAUGAGUGCUCAAUGCACCGUAGCCAGUACUGGACUUUGACCUGGAGAUGUGGGCCAGUGUUUACACUUUCUAACACUACAUUUAUAUUGUGGCAGGCUGCCUUGUGUGGCGUUUCACACUAAAUCUCAACAUAUUUACCUUGGCAGAAAUCCCAGAUUGUUAACACAAAGAGCCUUCCCGGCGGCCACUCAGGUGCAACCGCUAGAAUGAUGUGUGAGGUUCUAUUUAUCCAUCUUGGUUAAUUAGAUCUAAACUUUCCAACUCUGUCACUUACCAGAACAACAUAAACUGCAGCCAACGUGUAGGUAGGUAGAUAGCAGAAUGUUAUUUGGAGAGAGUCUCUCUGCAGGUUUGUCCGUCUCUGGUAUAUGGUUAUCAUAACACAGACUGAUAAACUGCUCUAUGUGUGCAGGACUGUGGAAUAAGUAUCAAUAAUAAGUACAUUGAAAUGCAUACUCUGUAUUCCAACAGCUGAUUAUAGAUGAGCAGGACGCGGAGCUCGAGCUGGUAACCGGCAGCAUCCGGGUCCUGAAAAACAUGUCUGGACGGAUAGGAGAUGAGUUGGAUGAGCAAGCUGUGUGAGUGUGGGGUUACAUGUUAUUGUGAGGCUAUUCUAUGCCCGUCUUUGAUUGCAUGUAUGGUUGCAUAUUCUGCGGGUUACAUCGUGUGUCCCUUCCAUGACGCCGUGGCCCUUAUCACCGCCUGUAACUCGUAUUGCUUCUCGCAGGAUGUUGGAGGAUUUCUCGCACGAAAUGGAUAAUACUCAGACGCGAAUGGACUCGGUGCUCAAGAGACUGGCCAAAGUUUCUCACAUGACAACCGGUGAGGGCUGAUUAACACUAUAAAUGAACUUCUAUACAGCUAAACCCUCUGAGUGCAUAUUGAAUAAAUGAUCAUAAAGAUUUAAAAAAUUUAAUUAUUUCAUCAAUAUAACAUUGGAAUGGAUGUAAAGUUUCUUUGAUCCUGAUAGGUUUCAAACCAGCAUUACACACUAAGCUAUCAGGAUAUCAAACCUUAAAGAACAAAAUUGCAACAAAUGUCCAGGAUACGUCUUGUUGAGAUCUUCCAUACACUCUCUAUAAGAGCAUGCUUGAAGGCUUUUCCCUAAAUUUCCAGGAUUUUCUCCCUCCCCCUCGUCCCGUAGUAUCUAUGUAGCAGUGAUGAUCGUAUACCUCUAGUCAUUUUAGGAGUGCCAGAUGUUGCUAUGCAGCCAUUAAAAAGGUAGUAGCCAUAACCCCUUCUCUCUUUCUCUGUGUCUGCAGACCGCCGGCAGUGGUGUAUGAUUAUUGCAUUGGUGAUCGCUCUCAUAAUUGUGCUGAUCCUGUUGUUGGUGCUUUGA